AUGGCUGAGGAACAAAGAUUUGUCCAGCUGUGCACGAAAUUCCUGUUUCUGAACGGUGGAACGCAGCAACCAUCGUCUCAAGGCUACCGGAACGAAAUCAACACGCUACUGAACGAACUGAAUGGGCUGAAUUACGGUGCGAUCCGAAUCUGUGAUGUACGGGCGGUCGUUCGGUUGCUGGAAUCGCUCGUCAAUAUUCCACCGGCGGAGGACUCGCUGGUGGUGAAGGCUUGCUUUCUCCUCAAAACACUCGUCCAGCGCCAGCGGAUAGUGCUACCGGAAUCGUUGGCGCACAGUUUAAUCAGUUGGUUACGAAAAUGUCUCGAGCAAUGCUUCUAUCAGGUGGCUUACGAAGUGCUCGGCACGAUGCAGAUCAUCCUGCGACAGGCCGGCAAUGUUUCUCAGUUUUAUGAUUUUCUCAUUUCGAGCAACGGCGUACUGGUGAAUGUACUCAUUGAUCCGGAUUACCGGCGUUCCGGAUCGAAGCAACCAUCGCAGCAGGAACAGCAACAGGUGGAUCAGUGCAGUCGAAGUGAGCUGUACCUAGCGGCGAUGCUCUGUCUCGAGAGUGUGCUGAGACGUAUCGAGACACCGUGCGAUGAAUCCACUAAGCCUUAUCUGUCCGUAGUAGGCGACGCAGUGUUGAAUUUGAUGUUUACUGCAAAUGCUGAGGCCUUCACGGAGCAGGCGUUCUAUCGGCUAACAAAGUCGGCCUUUGCCUGUCUGAGCAUAAUUGUGACGCUCGAUGAGCUCGGUGAAUGGAAGAUCGCUCAGCUGGGCCGUCUGAUAGGAGUUGCAAAAGCGUACAUGAUGUACGGCAUACCUGGCGUGAACAAGCACACUCCCCAGCGCAUACAUGUCUCCCAACAGGGCAUUCCGGAGCCACAGCAGAUGCCAAUCAGCAAAGGAGGCAAGAUUGCGAAAACCCGGAAGACACGUACGCACCCUAAAUGUAAGAAAGGCGGCUCCAGUUCAGCGGCUGCUGCGGGAACACGGGACAAACAACAGCCGCCGGUUGAUGGUGGCUCUGGUAACCGGCAACCAUACUCCGAAGCGAGUAUUGUUCUUGAAUGGUCAUCACAGGAGCGACCAUCGGAUGGCUCGGUGUAUCUAACGAGUGAUUCGGAACAAUCGGAAAGCGAGAACAGCUCGAAUCCGCGCAGUCACACAUUGGAACUGCACAGAAAUGCUCGCAUCCGUCAUGGUGCCCUGCUACUAAUCGGGACGCUAGCGCAGCAUAUCGAAAAGCGUAUCAUGUUCGGGUACUGGCAUGCACUCUUUCCGGAUCAGAAUCGUACCGCGGCCACCGUAACGCUACUGAACGGUGCGCUACGUGACCCGGCACCAAACUGUCGCGUAGCGGCCAUUCAAGCAACCGCCUUCCUGUUAUACCGAUCGAAGCCAUUCCUGGUGCAGGCUGAAAGUAGUAAAAAGCCACUGAUGUCUUUCACGCCCUUCUCGGUGACACUGGGUAACAUGGUGAUCGAGUUGUACGCGAUGCUGACGCAAGCAUUGGCCCAGGAAGCCAACGUUACCGUUCUAAUCCAGCUGCUCAAGUGCUUGACGGUACUGGUGCAAGCUACUCCCUUUCAUCGGUUACGGUCCGGUCUAGCGAGGGAAGUCGUGACGGUCGUUCAGCAGCUGGUACUGCAACGUGAUCCUAACAUUCGCGUGUCAGCUCUGAUGGUGAUGGGUUUUGUUUUCUCGGUGUCCGAUAUGACGGAAGAAAUUGCUGAACUGCUUGGUAUCGAGCGAGUUGAAGCUAUCCCUUGUGGUAAUGAAGCUCGUAGUAAACCAAUCAUUAAGGCCCUUCACCUACAGCAAGUGGACCCGGAAGAAGCAGAAGAAGAGGAAGCGUAUGAUUCGGAGAGCGAAGAUAAACCGAUGACCACAGACAAGAUACCCAAGGAGGAACCUCAGCAACCAACUGGAGGUUCCGUUUCAUGGUUGCUACCGGUUGUGUUGGAAAGUCUCGGCGUUGGAGCGCCACAGUCACCGAUUAUGGCCGUACGAAUGGAGUGUUUACAAGUGCUCUGUGCUAUGAGCAGCCACUACUCGUUGCUACGCAACCAGCUUAAACCGGUGGCACAAGCCCUCCGCAAUGCGUUCGUCGAUCCAGUGAUCGAGGUGAAGAUCGUCGCUGCGCGGGUAGUGGAUUUGCUCGGCCAUGCUGUUAACACUUCGCUUCUUUCAAUGGAUACGGUUGAUCCGGAGGAGUUAGCGAAAGCGAUUCACUUCUGGGACACCAUAACUCCGCUGCUGAUGGACGAAAUACAGGAUGUGUACCUGUUCUCCACGAUGCGUUCGAUAUGCUGUGACGCGUUGGGAAACAUUGGAGUGCACGUUUUCGAAAAGCUACCGCGCGAUCGACAGCUCGCACUGAUAUCCGUGCUGACCGGAUGCACUUUCGACGAUGACAGUAUCGUAGCGGCUGCUGCCGCUCGAUCACUCUCCGUGUACAUACUGUUCCCUUCGUUGCGAGAUGAUGCGUGCUUCGUGGAAAACACGAUCGAAGCGAUCCUACGGGUGUUGCGUGAUCCGAGUCAGAAUGCACGCAUCAAAACAUCCUGGUCACUCGGUAACGUCACGGAUGCGCUCAUACUGAAUCAGCAGCAUCACCUGCGUAUGCUAACCAGUGGAGGUAGUGAGGAGCAACGCGACCCAGAUUUAGAGUACCAUACGGUGAUCGGUGAUGCGUUGCUACAGAAAAUCCUCGAAGCAGCCCUCGCUUCGGCCCGUGACAACGACAAGGUGCGUAGCAACGCGGUCCGUACGAUUGGUAACGUACUUCGCCUGUUGCGACCGCACCAUUUUGAGCCAACAGGAUGCUGGACCGUAUUAGCACAGACUGCGAUCGAUCAGCUCGUCCAGAACGUUACCGCUGGCGGUUCCGUCAAUGUGAAGGUGAAAUGGAAUGCGUGCUAUGCGCUCGGUAAUAUGCAGCGGAAUGAAACCUUUUUCACGGGAGUUGCGGCCUCGCCGACAGCAUGGCAAAAGCUUGUUUUUCCGGCACUCUGCGAGGUGGUGGUUAAUUCACCCAAUUUCAAGGUUCGCAUCAAUGCCGCCCAAGCACUGGCGGUUGCGGAGCGACGAUCGCACUACGGUAGCACGUUCUUCUACACCAUCUGGACCGCGUUGCUGCAGGCAAUGGAGCAAUCGGACAAUCUGCAGGAUUACAACGAGUACAAACGGCGUGAUACGCUACAGGAGCAGUUGUGCCUCUCGUUGGCGCACUGCUUAAGGCUGGCCACUCGUGAAGAUGUUGGUCCGAUGGCGGCCGUUCUACUUCCGCUGUAUGACGUGGUACGUCAGAAUUGGGUGCGCGUGAUCAACCGCAUACUACCGGUGAAGGGUGACGUGCUGCUCGAGUCUUACCUGUUGCUGCUUGAUCAACGGAAACGCCAAACAACGGGUGCAGGAGACUUACACCCUCCGGACUCAUCCUGGAAGCUGCUGAUACGGUGCUUCGACUGUGGUGGUGAUCAACAGGCUGACCUCAAGGAAGAUUGAUCAAUAAAAAUGCCUUAAGCGUGUUAGCUCG